UGCUAGAAAACGCCACACAGUUUUUCAUUACAUUGCAAAGUCGGGGAAAAAAAAGAAAUAGGAAACAAAAAUUUCAAUGUACUUAAAGAUAUAGCAGAGUCGCCCCAAGCCGCCUCGCUACAGGAGGCCCCUUUUUGUGUGUGAUUCGUUUGCUCGUGGUCGUGUCCUUGUGUUUGGUUUUUGGUGUUUUAGUACCCUUUGCAAAUAACCAUUGACGAAGCUGCUUGCGUGCCAUUUUUUUUGUUGGGUCUAAAAAAGUUGUCUGGCGCAAGAAAGCAUAAGCGAAAAGAAAAGUGAAUACGCAAUAAUCCGGGAGCCAGCGGCAGCUCGGUUUGGUCCUCUCGGCAAUGACGUCCACAAACAAUCUGGUCGAUGUUGUGCGUCACUACCAGCGGAGCAUAGAGAAGCAUGGCGAGGACGAGAAGAGGCUCAUGCACUGCAUCACAAAGCUGUUCAAUUUGCCCAUCAAAUUCGAGCACCUGCAGGAGACAGGAAUCGGGAAGACGGUGAAUGCCCUGCGAAAAUUCAACGGCGAGGUUGGAGUGGCCGCCCGCACUCUAGUCACACGAUGGAAGGCCAUGGUGGCCGCCGAGGAGGAGCCGGCCGAGCCAACGCCAUCGGUAAUAGGAACUACUAGCCACGAGGAGGAUUCGGGCAAAUCGAAUGGGCGAAGGUCCAGUGAGGAUGAGCAGGAGCAGGAGUAUAAAGGCAGCAAUUCAUCCAGCGGCGGCGAGGACGGACACAGCAGCAGCAAGCGAAAGUCCGGGCACGACGACAGCAGCUCCAAGAACAAGUCUGAGAGGAGCAGCAGCAGUAGGCAUCACUCGAAGAGCUCAAAGUCGGACAAAGAAUCGGACAAGAAACACAAGAGCAGCCGCCAUGAUAGGUCCAGGGAUAAGGACAAGGAUAAGGAACGAGAGAGCCGCAAGGAGUCCAAGGAGCACAGGGACAAGAAAUCGAAUGGCGAACACAAGACUAAGGACUCGUCCUCCCCAAACAAGUCAAGCAGCAGCAGCAGCCACAGAAGCAGCACUAGCCAACACACCAGCAAGGCCGAGAGUCACAAAAGCGACAAAGAACACCGCAAAUCAAAGCAUGAAAAGAGCAUCAAAGAGGAUAAACCUCAGCACAUCGAUCAAAAGACGUCGAAGGAGAAAUCGGAUGUACACAAAUCAUCUUCCUCAUCGUCCAAAUCAUCAAAAUCAUCCAAAUCAUCCAAGCGACACCGCAGCCCCCAGCGGCAGGAAGAGGAGCUCGCCCACAAGCCCAAAAUAGCGAAAAGCAUAACGACCAAAGAGGCAACCGGUCAAGAGGACUCCGUGGAUGGCUUCGAUUCCAGCAUGGGAGCCAAUUUCGAUGACGUUCUCGGCAUGCUUAACAUGCCCAUGAGCAGCAGCAAGAAGAACAGCAGCAGCAGAGCGAAGCAUGUGGCCAAGCCACAUACAACAGCCUCCACAUCCUCCACAUCAACAUCAUCAACGGCCCCAUCAGCAGCAGCAGCUGUGGCGCCAUCCUUCAGGGAGGCUACCUCCAGCAGCAGCCGACCCGUCACAACCAAAAAACCCGAACUACUGGCCUCCACCGCGAAGCUGGAGCCUCUGGAUCCGAGCAUUGCCCUCGAGCUGCCUACCAUUUCGAACAACUACAAACCCUUGCCCCUAAAUCAGACAGUCAUGGAUGUGGUAUUCAACCAUGGCGGAGGCACCCACAAGCCCUCAGCCGCUCGCUACUUCAACGAGUCUGAGGCUCUGGCCGCAGGCAUUUCCUCAAAGACAAUGCGCACUAAGAUCUACUCAGGUGUGAGGACUGGCCAAAUCCUGCAGGUGGCCUCACUUUUUGAUCUGUGUACGCGAGUCCUCCAGAAGAACAUCGAUGCCUUGGAGUACACUGGUGGGGUGCCUUUUGAAGUGCUUCGACCUGUUCUGGAGCGGGCAACACCCCAGCAACUGUUAAACUUCGAGGAGUACAAUCCGUAUCUAAUGGACGACACCGAUGUCCUAUGGCAGAUGCAUGUGACGCGCAACUGUCGCAGCCAGCGGCGUGAGGAGAUGGAGACGUGGCGUGAAAUGUACUUGCGCUGUCAGGAGGAGAAGGAUCGCAAGCUCAGCAUACUCGCGGAGAGCAUCAAGGCCUCGCAGAGAAUUAGCGAGGCUCCUGUGCGCAAAACUCAGUUGGCAUUCGUGGACUCGAUGGUGAAGCCACCGCGCAGCGUUCAACGCAAGCAGGAGCAGUACGGCACCAGGGGCAAACUGAUAGCUACGCCAGCCGCACGAGUGGCGGCACUCUCCAGUGUGACGCCCAAUGCCGCCAAGGUGGGCGAUGCCCGACUGCGCGUACUGGGGGCAGGUCGUGACACCGCGCAAAUAGCUGUGGCUCCGAUGCGACCCAAGAAGGCUCCUCUGAUGGCCAAGACCUUGCAGUUUAUGCGCGGUCGCCACAAGAGAUAGGGGGAGGGAAAUUAAGGGUCAGUCAAUAGAAUGUUAUAUGCGUUUACUCGUUAUAGUUACAAUCAAUCUUAUACUCAACAAAACCACAAAAGCACCUACGAACUGUAUCGCAGCGGCUGCAGUCGGACCUCUGGCCAGCUCGUUCCCUUUAGAAAGGGGAGAGUGUUGCCCAAAACGCGCUGAGAGAUCCGAUUGCGGCGGCACGCAUCAAUCGGUACCGCCCUGCUUAUUAUUUAUUCAUGUUCUAUCCCCAUAACCCACAUAUUCAUUAUAUUUUACUAGAGUUUUUAAGUCCUUAGCGAUUGUAAGUCAGCGUUUUUUGUUGGAGAGAUUGAAUUAUGUUCAGGUUAAUAGUUGGAUCUUUCUAAACUCAAUUACCAAUUUAGAUUUAAAUGCAUUCGAGAAUUAAGUUCCAAAUUUCAUUUGUCCCAGAGGGCUGUGCGAGUGUCGAAAGUCAAGGAGAGGUAGUGGUUCCAGGCAGAUUCAGACUCAGAUUGCAUGUACAUAUAGUAUAUACAUAUGUUAUUCCCACAUAAUCGAAAUUUAAAACCUAUUGCUAUAA